AAAAAAAAAAUUAUUUUAUUGAUAUUAUUAUCAGACGGAAUAUCUCUAAUUUAUGACGUCAUAAAGCUAUGAAAAAAGAAGAAGACAUCUGGUGAGUGAUGAUCAAAAUGAAGUUGCUGGCACUCUGUAUAGCCCCCACACACCAAGUCACCAACACACAAUCACACCCCUAUGAGUCACACACUCAAGUCAACUAGCGUUUGUCUCAAUUUCAUGUUUUUGCUGGAUUUUAGCCAGCAAGAUUUCCAAGUAGAGUUUUGUUGUUUUUCAGUGACCCAGGUCUUAUUUUUUUCCAUUUCUGGUGUGUAAGUUAAAGAAGGAACACCCAGUUACAGUUUCUUUCUGUUGUCAAUAAGGUUUGCCAAUAAUCUUGCCAGCUGAGCACUUGCACUCGGUCGUGCUUUGUCCAGGAUUCUGGUUACGUGGGGUUUGUGCUUGUGCCUGCUAGUUUUUUUUUUUGUUUUUACUUACUUUUGUCUAAUAUGUUAUAUUAUUCAUUGUGGUUUAGACUAAAGAUGGAUGAUUCCUGGGCCUUACCCUUUAAUCCCGAUGGUUUUCAGGAUUUUGUUUUUGAAGUGAAUCCCCAAAAUGGGCAGACGGUCACUGCAGGGGGACUCGAAGAGGAUGGCUUUGACCAAGAGCAACGUGCGAGAAGUGGAAUGUAUGAGGAAACUGGGAGGUCUGUCUCUCAAACGGAGACCAAACACCACACACCUUCCCCAAUUCCUACCUCGUCAGCAGCCGAAUGUCUUCCCGCUGCAAUCAAAUCAGUUGUGCCCGCGGCCGAAACACCACGUGGGCGUCCGAAAAAGGCCGCAAAGUCAGCUUUGGACCUGAAGAUCGACAAAUUGUUGAAUCUACACAAAUCCAUCCGUCAGGGUCGCCGCCGUAAAUUAUCGCUCCCAGGCGACGGGCGUCGUAAUGGAAUGAUGUUAAGUGCCAUACAACGACUGUUGUCAUUGAAAACCGAUCAAGGGAAAAUCCCCCGCGAGGCCAGUGAAUUGGUGGCAGCUGGAGUUGCCGAGAAAGACGUUGGUGCCGUUGAGGUAAUGCUCUGUCUUCCGGAGUCCAAUCUUAAUUCGAAGAUCAGUUUUCCGGCCAAUUUGGCCUCUCUUACUGGGUUAAGAGGACUUCUGCUAAGUCUAGAGGGCGAGGAGUCUGUCGAAGUGAAAAAAGAAAACGGAAUCUCUGAGACGGAAGUGAACUGCUUGGGAGAUCCAGUUGAGGAUCAAAAGCUGCUGUUUGUACUUAACAAGUGCUUUCGAUCAUGGGCCAGACCGUAUUUUGAUAUCGAGGCUCCUGUUGAUGAGAAGAAGAGAAUGGACUAAGUCUGGUCAAAUCCCGCUAAGGACGCGAGACACGCGACUCGUAUUUCGAUUAAAUUUUCGUAUGUAUUUACGUCUGUAUAUAUUGUUUUCAAAAUUCUUGAAACUGAUAACCGUUAUCAUAAUUUUAGAAACCCUUGUCUAGUACAUGGUCAAAAUUUAUUUCUUAAACAUCAAAAUUUAUUUGUUUACAUUCAAGUUAAAAAUUACCUUAUUAGCUACUUUAAUACUUCACUUAUACAAAGUUCUUCUUGAAUACUCGAUGAAAUCAUAGGCCUACUAAACUCAUUUUUACCCGCGCAUUAUUUUCAGUGGAACUCUGGAUGGUAACGUUACUGUACGACGGAAUAAAUUAGUUUUUAUUAUUUUUCAAAUCAGACACUAGAACGGCAUAAUUUCAGGGUCGACCCCAGAAUUUAUUUUGGCCAUUUUGUUGAAGUUACAACAAACCGGAAUAACUAGAACUAAAAAAUUCGGACACUAGAAAGCGAUCAUUUCUUUCUAGACCCCACAUUAAAAGUAAUUUGGUCAAAGCGGACAGUAGCUGUUUUAGCCGUCAGAAUGGAAAGCACAUAGAACUUUGAAAUCCUUAAACGUUAAUACGUGUUCAUGGCCGACCCUAGAACGAAAAAAUUUACUAUUUCUGGACGGCUAUUGAGUACACAUUUGUUAACCGUUAGUGGACUGUUGAGUCGGAAGUUUUGAAAGUUUUAAUGAUCGACCUUGCUAUUCAACGUAUAACAGGCUCACUCUGUCCGCUAGUCGAUGGAUUCCGGCACCUUCCAGCAAACUUCGUCGACGUUUGGACUCAACAGCAAGGGCCACGCCAUUCCGUCCAUGGGCGACAUUUAAAAGUACGCGCAGAGCAACCUCAAAAUCCACAAGAAGUUCAGCGAGAAUUUUUCGAUCCGUAAUAUACGGUUGGUUCAAGAAUCCGAUACGAUUCCAUCCGCAAGCCUAUGCUUCCGCUGGAAGGCAAGACGCUGAAGAGGGAGACCUGCGAUUUUUUCAUGUGAUUGCAUAUUUACACGGGUGAUUGCAAGUGCAAGCCGGGCCUGACGUACGACUCUAUUACUCUGCAACUAAUUGCAAUCACGCCUAGAAGAAUAAUAAGCCGGUCAUGUAAUUGCAUAUCUGCUGUCAGACGACAGAGAAUCUUCGCUUGAUUCGUUAAAAUUAUGCGCAAGAUUGCAUGCUUCAUGGUAUGAAUUUGAAAUCUGAAUCGAUAUGCACUUUGCCGAGAUUUAGAACUUAAUUUAAAGUUUGGGGAAUUUCCUUCUGUAGUUGCAUACAUGAUAUGAUAUGUAUAAAUGGAUGAUUCGGUGCAAUAACUCACACAUCUCGCCCAGGAAAUGAACUUUCCGUCAUUUUGCCUUUCUUUUGAAAAUCUUGUCGUCAAUGUCAAUGAGAUUCAUCACAUUUGAGUCCAACUUAAUUAAUUGGUGAUAACUCGGUUGGAUACAGAGAUUUCCCAUAUCGCUGAAGCUGAACAUUAUAUCUUAUA